AUAUAUUAACCAAAAGAAGACAAGCACGGAAAUAUAGACCGCAUGAAUUCAGCUCUCUAUAAUUCUGAGUUCAAGCGUCUCUUACUCUUGCUACUUCAAGUGUCUUAAUGGAGGAAGAUUUGAAUCAAUCAGCAAAAGAAACCACCACCUACAACAUGGAAGCUCAAGAAAAUGAAGUGGAAAAUGACCCAGAAAGCAAUUCCCUGCACCAGCCACUCAUAAAGAGAAAGCAAACGCUUUCCUCCACUCCACUAGCCAUGGUUGGAGCCAAGGUCUCUCAUAUUGAGAGCUUGGACUAUGAGAUCAAUGAGAAUGAUCUCUUCAAGCAUGACUGGAGAAGCAGAUCAAAAGUCCAAGUAUUGCAGUAUAUUUUCUUAAAAUGGACGCUGGCUUUCCUUGUUGGGCUUCUAACUGGCAUAAUUGCCACGUUCAUCAAUCUUGCAGUUGAGAAUAUUGCAGGGUACAAGCUUCUCUCCGUGGUUCGCUACAUAGAAGAAGAAAGAAAAGGUUUACCUUUGCUAGAGCUGGGAAUUGAGAAAUGCUUUGGCAAUCAUCUUGGUGUAUGCAGGUACCUGAUGGGAUUUAUAUUUUUUACUGGUGUUAAUUUUAUUCUGACCAUGGUUGCUGCUGUUCUGUGUGUGUGUUUCGCACCCACUGCAGCUGGACCUGGUAUCCCAGAAAUCAAAGCUUAUCUCAAUGGGGUAGACACUCCCAACAUGUUCGGUGCUACAACAUUGAUUGUCAAGAUCAUAGGAAGUAUUGGAGCUGUUUCUGCAGGCUUAGAUUUAGGUAAAGAAGGGCCAUUGGUGCACAUUGGCAGUUGCAUAGCUUCCUUACUAGGCCAAGGGGGGCCUGACAAUUACCGUAUCAAAUGGUGCUGGCUCCGUUACUUCAAUAAUGAUCGGGACCGCAGAGAUCUAAUCACCUGCGGUGCCUCAUCAGGUGUAUGUGCAGCUUUCAAGGCCCCAGUUGGUGGUGUCCUGUUUGCCCUUGAAGAGGUGGCAACAUGGUGGAGAAGUGCCCUCCUCUGGAGAACUUUCUUCAGCACAGCAGUUGUGGUGGUGGUCCUCAGGGCUUCCAUGGAAUUCUGCAAUUCCGGAAAUUGUGGACUAUUUGGGCAGGGAGGGCUAAUCAUGUUUGAUGUGAGUGGUGUUACCGUGAGAUACAAUGUCAUGGACAUCAUCCCUGUCACUGUUAUUGGAGUCAUUGGCGGAGUUUUGGGAAGCCUAUACAACUAUCUUCUCCACAAGGUCCUCAGACUCUACAAUCUCAUAAAUGAGAAAGGAAAAAUAUAUAAGCUCCUCCUAAGUCUCACUGUCUCAUUGUUCACCUCAGCCUGCCUAUAUGGACUCCCUUUCCUUGCCAGUUGCACACCCUGCGAUUCCUCCAAUCCGGAAUAUGCAUGCCCCACCACUGGACGAGCAGGCAACUUCAAGCAAUUUAACUGCCCAACUGGCUACUACAAUGACUUAGCUACUCUCCUCCUCACUACCAACGAUGAUGCUGUCAGGAACAUCUUCUCCACUAACACACCCAAGGAAUUUCAUAUCUUUUCUCUCAUUAUCUUUUUUGCACUGUAUUGCAUCCUGGGACUCUUCACAUUUGGCAUUGCUGUCCCCUCUGGACUCUUCCUCCCCAUCAUCCUUAUGGGCUCAGCUUAUGGCCGCAUACUUGGUAUUGCCAUGGAAUCCUACACAAACAUUGACCAGGGGCUUUAUUCUGUUCUCGGUGCAGCCUCCCUCAUGGCUGGUUCAAUGAGGAUGACUGUUUCCCUUUGUGUUAUAUUUCUUGAACUCACCAACAAUUUGCUCUUAUUGCCCAUAACAAUGCUUGUUCUUCUAAUUGCCAAAACUGUUGGAGACUGCUUCAACCCAAGUAUUUAUGAGAUUAUUCUAGACCUGAAAGGUCUUCCUUUCUUGGAUGCACAUCCUGAGCCAUGGAUGAGAAAUAUAACCGUUGGUGAUCUUGCUGAUGCAAAGCCACCAGUAGUUACCCUAAACGGAAUUGAAAAGGUAGGUCGCAUCGUGGAUCUCCUGAAAAACACUACACACAAUGGGUUCCCUGUUGUAGAUGAAGAGCCACCGCCAGUUGGAUUCGCAAUUGGGGCAACUAAACUGCAUGGGAUAAUUCUGAGAGGUCACCUAGUUUUAGCACUCAAGAAGAAGUGGUUCCUGCAAGAAAAAAGGAGAACAGAGGAAUGGGAAGUGUGCGAAAAAUUUACCUCAGUUGAUCUGGCUGAAAGGCAGGGCAAUAUUGAGGAAGUGACUGUGACAAAGGAUGAAAUGGACAUGAAUAUUGAUUUGCAUCCUCUUGCCAACAGAACACCUUACACAGUGAUGGAGAGCAUGUCAGUGGCAAAAGCUCUGGUGCUCUUCAGGCAAGUAGGGCUCCGCCACUUGCUCAUUGUACCGGAAUAUCAAGCAGCUGGGGCGUCUCCAGUGGUGGGGAUCUUGACCAGGCAAGACCUCAGGGCCCACAAUAUUUUGAGUGCCUUUCCUCAUCUGGCAAAGUCCAAGGGAAGAGAAAAAGGGAACUAAAUCCCUCUAAGCAAACAAAAUCGCAAUAUUGGUUUCCUGAAACAUCACAUUCUUUCACUAUUUUAUUUUACUAUUAUUUUCUGUAUUGAUUUAUUUUGAAGAGAACAAGUUAUCAUUAUUCAGUCAAUAAUAUACAAAUUGCUUUUUCACCA